AUGGUCCAGAGAGCCCCGCUCCCACCCCUGCUGCUCCUGUCACUGUUGAUCCCAGGCUCGUGGGCUGUGCCAGAGGCACAGCCACUUCACCGAGUGGCGGGGCAGACGCUUUCUGUGAGAUGCCAGUACCCCCCCAAGGGCUGGCCCUACGAGAGGAAGAGCUGGUGUAAGGAGCUAUCGGCGGUCAAGUGCACCAGGUUAGUCACCAGCUCCGGUCCCCGCAGGCUGGCUCAGGCCUCUCGAUUCUCAAUCUGGGACAACCCUAGCACCGGCCUCUUCAUUGUCACCAUGACUGGGCUGAAGGAGGAAGAUUCAGGACACUACUGGUGUAGAAUUUACCAUGCUUCCGGCAACUCUGUCUCUAAGUCCAUAAGGUUCUAUCUGACGGUGUCUCCAGCUUCCGCCUCCACGCAGGCCACCCGGGCUUCCCGUGACCUGAUCUCAUCACAGACCCAGAGCUGUGUGUCCUCCACUGGAAGAGCCAGAGAGGCCCCCAGGACUUCCUCUGCCAUCACUGCCCCUUCACAGCAACAAAACUGCACCCUCCACUGUCACCCUGCAGCCCCGGGCGCUCUGGUCUCCGUGCUCUGUGGACUCCUUCUGGCCAAGAGCGUGGUGUUGUCAGCCCUGCUUGUCUGGUGGGCCUUAAGGAGUCGACACGCGCAACACAGAGGGAGGUCUCUGAUGCACCCAGCUCGGUCCAGACUCCAGGCCUCAGGGCCCAAGAAGGAUGGCCAGUAUCCCCCAGGCUCCCCAGGGGCGCCUCCCUGA